AUGACUGAAAAUAUUGAUACUUUCAAUUUUCCAACCACGAUCUUAACAUCAAAACCCCCAGAUCAAUCAGCUUUAAUUAUCCCCAAUGCUAUUAAUGCAUCAAAUCAUUUAAUCAGCAAAGAUUUGGUAUCAUUCUUCAACCAUUAUUGUACGGUAUUAUUGAAUUAUAAUCAAGCUUUGAAACAAUUGGUUGGUGAUGCAACUAAAAUUAGUAAACAAUGUGGAAAAGGGUUCGGUAAUUUCCCAAACAAUUUGAAUUGUCUUAUUAGUUCACUUCAGAUUGAAGUUCAAAGUAAUGAAUCAAUUCAUAGACAAGUUAGAUCAGAUAUUAUUAAUCCAUUACAAGAUUUGAUUGAAAAAGAUGUUAGAAUUUCUGAAUUAUUAAUUAAUGGACAAGAAUUACAAGAAAUAAGUGAUAAUUUAAAACAAAAUAAAAGAGAUGCAGAAAUGCAAUGGAAUUAUAAAGCUCCACAAAGUUUUCAAAACCUUGAAAACUUCAAAAAGAUUGAAACUCAAUUAUUAUUUGAUAUCAUAUUAAAUUUCUUUCAAAUUCAUAAUGGUAAAGCAACUAAAGUUUUGAAAAAUAAUGAAAAUUCAACAAAUUAUUUAUUGGGGAGUUUCAAAUUAGAUACUGAAAUGAGUAAUCAAUUGAAAUAUUUAGUCAAUACGGAAUUUAACCCAACUGCUAAGCAAGGAUUUGUAAAUGACCAGAUUCAACAACAAACUGAAUUAGAUAGGAACACUGGAAAUAAACCGGGUUCGUUGAAAAAGCAAGCAACUGGCGCAUCUGAAUCUUCAUCAAAACAUGCAACGCCAGUAAAGAAACAAUCCAAAUUAAAGUCAAGAGUCGGUUCAAUAUUCGGCAGAAGAAAAAAGAAAGAUAAACAUAAUCCAAUGGAAUCUUCAAUUCCUGAAAAUGCAUCCUUGUCAACAACCGCAUCCUCAGUUCGUGCAUCAACAACAAGAUCAGAUUUAGGAGCUUCCGAACAAAACAGAAGUUCUUCUAAGCAACACCUUCCUCCAAUCCCAUCAUCACCACAAAAGAAGGAUCAACCAGAAUUACCUCCAAAAUUACCUCAUGCCAAUAAUGAUAUCAUUGCUGUUACACCCGAAAGACAACCUUCUACUUCGGAAUUGCCACUGGCCAACAUCCAGCAGAAAGCAGCACCUGCUUUGAUUGAUGAUUCACCAAAUGUAGUUAAAUAUGAAAACACGGAUGAAGAAGCAUCCUCCGAUGAAGAAGGUCCAGAACCAACUACCGGUGUUGGACGUAGAAGAUCCUUAUUGGAAAGACAUGAAUUGAACACCCAGCCUGAUCAACGUGGUGCAACAACAUAUUCACCAAUCAGAGUUGCAGUCCCCGUUGAAAUUUCUCAUGGAACAGGAGCAUUGAAUAGGAUGUCAACGGAUUCUGAAGCUCGUUUAUCAAUUCCAAGAUCAAGACAAAGUAGUAGUGGGAAAUAUAGUUUUGAAGCUGGUGACGAUCAGAAACCAAUUUCUACUCCUAGAAUUGAAUCGAGUGGGUUUGAUGAACUUACACCGGUUGAAAAAGAAGAAGAAGAGGAGGAGGAGGAAGAACAAAUCCAAGCUAAAAAUGGAAAUUAUAAUGCUGGCCCAGUUGUUCCACCACCACCUCCAUCCAGAAAAGUUGCCCAACAAAAGGAUCAAGUUGCUCCUUUGCCUGAUGCUUCCCGUCAGCAGCACGUUGCAAGAAGAGACGUACAUUCCCAAAUGUUUCAUAAUUUACCACCGGCAAGAGAAUCUUUUAUUGCACCAGCAUCAACAGGAGGUUCAUUUAAACCAUUAUCUAGUCAAAAUACUGGUCAUUCUGUUUUGAAAAAUACCGAUCUUUUUAAGCAUCAUAAUUUAAACAAUGAAUUUGAAAAUAUUGGAUUAAAUGCAUCGGUUGCCGAAGUGAUUAAUGCUAGAUUUAAAGAUGGGAAAUUGGUGAAAUCGCAAGUUAUGGGAGAAGUUGCAUUCAAUUAUCAUCAAUCCAAUCCUAGUGAUCUUGCACCAAGUGAACCAAUUUUGAUUAAGAUUCCACAAAAUUAUGAGAAAAUCCUGCUUAAUAAAUCAUUUAUGGAACAAUUGAAUGAUAAUACAUAUAAAUUAAUUCCAUCCUAUAUUAUUUCAAAAACUUUAGGAGGAAUGAAAUAUUUGGCAAUUUUGGAUGAUAAUCAAGUUCCAAUUGUGAUUCAACAAAUUUGGAAAUAUGAACCUCAUCAAUCUAGUUUAAUGGUUAGUAUUAGGUUGAAUCCAGAAUGGAAAUCUCGGGUGAUUUUAGAAAAUUUUGUGGUAUCAGUGGCAUUGAAUACCGAUAUUGAAGCUACUUCGGCAUCUUCUAAACCACAAGGUGCAUUCAAUAAGGAGAAGAAUAGAAUUACUUGGAGAUAUAAUGAUGCAUUGAUUUUAGAUCCUAGUAAAGGUAUUACUGAAGAGAAAUUAAUUGCAAGGUUCAUUACCAAUGGACUUGGUUCUGAACAUGAAUCAGGAGUUCAAAUUAAGUUUGAGAUGAAUGAUUGUGAUUCUCAUUUUAUUUCAAUUUUGGAUAAUGAUGAUCCAACUAGAGAAUAUCCUACAUUUAGAAAUCUAGUUAGUGGAAGUUAUAGUAGUCACUUUUGA